AUGCCUUCAAUAUCAGCUCCUGUGACGCCAUCUGGCCCACCAAGCACACCUUCGCAUUCCCACCCACGAUCUCGCUCACGAAGCCGGCACAAGUCGGGUCAAGCCUCUCUGCUCUCCUCUACUGCCAAUCUAGCCAACACGGUGCUGGGCACUGGCAUGCUAGCCACUCCGGGCGCGUUCAAGUACGUAGGUCUGCUACCGGGCAUCUUUCUAGUCCUAUUGUGCGGUGCAAUGUCCGCUGCUGGCUUGCUGCUUGUAUGCGCCUGCGCCAGGACGAUGGGAGGCAGGAAGCAGAGCUUCUUUAGCGUGGCCAAGGCUACUGUGCCCAGGGGAGCGCGAUGGUUCGAUGCGGCCAUUGCCGUCAAGGUGAGCCUACCAGAUGGUCCUUCGAGCAGCCAGCGCCUCGCAUACAGUCGCUGAGGCGAUGCUCACCAAUGCGACAGUGCUUCGGAGUGUCCAUCUCCUAUCUCAUCAUCAUCGGCCAGCUCAUGCCCCAAGUCGUGCUGUCGAUGGCCAAGCUGGGCGGAGGCUCGAUCGAGGAUCUGCCGCUGUGGACUUUGGCGCGCGGUACGUGGAUCGCAGCUGGCAUGGCCGGCUUGGGUGAGUAAAGCGGGCAUCUUGCGCGGUUUGGCAAUGCGCGCGUCGAUGCUCAGCUUGACGGACGCUUAAUCUCCCGCGGGCGUACACAGUCCCGCUCUGCUUCUUGAGGCGGCUAGACUCUUUGCGGCAUACCUCCUACCUUUCGUGAGUAGCGAUGCGAAAUCAAUUUUAUUCAAUCUGAUUCAUCCAUCCUCUUCGGUUUUCCUCGGCAGCCUGGUAGCCGUUCUAUACCUAGUCCUCAUCGUCGUGCUCUACUCAGUACUUCCAAGCUACAGGUCCAGCUUACCUCCCCGCGGUGAAGUGCACUGGAUCGUCCUGAGCGAUGCCAAUCACUUUGUCAGCGUAUUUCCCGUCUUUGUGUUUGGUGAGCGCUGCAGGAUUGCAUUCGAGGCGCACGUCCCACCCGGCUUGCUCUGCUCACGUUGCGAUCACGGCUCUGCUUGGUGUGCGCGCAGCUUUUACAUGCGCUCAAAACUGUUUGCCAGUCUUCAACGAGCUGAAGUCUACUCCGGAAAGACACUUUGAGCGAAUGCGGAUCAGCAUCUAUACCAGUCUAGGAGCCGCUGCAGGUGUCUAUAUGGUGAGUUCCUUGGCGAUCACAUGAUACCCGGCAAGUACCGCUCGCUCACUUGUGACUGUGGCGCGCCCUUGCCAUGCAUCUCCGCCAGAUCGUCGCUAUCCUCGGCUACACGACAUUCGGCUCUCUGGUCUCGAGCAACAUCAUUGCCAUGUACCCGUCCAGCUCGACGCUAGUGGCAUUUGCUCGCAUAGCCAUCGUUGUGCUCGUCGCCUUUAGCUAUCCAUUGCAGGUGCAUCCUUGCAGAGCUGCCUUGGACAAGGUUCUAGCUCCUAGCGAUGGAGCUCAGAUCAACACAGACUCACGCCCGGCCGAUGCGCACGUUGCCGAUCUCAGCAUAGGCGAUGAUAGCCCUCAAGAUGCUUCGCGGUACACCGACGACGAGCCCUCGGCGGCACCGAGGCCAAAGGCGCACAACCGCGCAGCUCAGACUGCCGAGCAAAUAUGCGACGCUGGCGAGUCCGAUGAUGAGGAAGAGAUGCAAGAAGAGGAAGAAGCGAGGCGAGCAUUGCUGUUGACCCGAGCAGGUGCCGAUCCGUUGCUGCCUAUUCCCACGGGUCGUCGAAGGAGCGAAGGAGGAGCUGGAGCCGAGGCGACAGGCGUUGCUCUGCCAAUAGAUGACGAAGAGAUGAGCCUGGAAAGGUGGUGCAUCUUGACUGCCUUUAUUCUCGCUUCGACGUUUGUCAUUGCUAUGCUCAUCGAUGACUGUGAGUGUGCAAGUCGUAUCACACUGUGAUUUGCCCCAGGCAGAUGAUGACUGACAUUUGCCCCUCACGCAACUCAAGUGGGUCUGAUUCUGGGAUUUGUAGGAGCCAUAGGAAGCACCACAAUCUCCUUUAUCCUACCGGGCAUUCUCUACUCCAGCUUGCAUCCUCGCACAGACAAGUGGAGGCGGCCCGCUCAAGCACUGGCCAUCUACGGGGGCAUAGUGAUGCUGUUGACGCUCAGCGCCAAUGUGCUCAAGCUGAUCAGAGCGGGAGGAGAAGACAAGGACCACAGACAUCCGCAUGAAGAGGUCGCGAAUGGUGUCGAGCAGCUGGCCAAAGGUCUUGGUUUGGACGAGGGCUUGAACCUCGUGGAGAGGUGGAGAUGA